GAUGCUUCGCUGGGUCUUGUUUGCUUUGUUCUUUGGUGUCUGUGCCAGUGCCGGAGAACAGAAAAAGAAAGCGAAGCCUCAGUCCUGGUCAAGAGGAUGGGGGGAUAGUAUUAGCUGGGUCCAAAGCUAUGAAGAAGGCCUGUCAAAUAUGGUCAAAAGUCAGAAGCCUCUGAUGGUCAUCCAUCAUCAAAUCGACUGCCCAUUCAGUCAAGAGCUGAAGAAGGCAUUUUUUGCUGCAAAGUCGAUCCAGAAAAUGGCCAAAGAGGAUUUCAUCAUGCUCAACUUGGUGGAAGAGACCGCAGACAAGAAUCUGGCCCCUGAUGGCUACUAUGUUCCCAGAAUCCUCUUUGUUGAUCCGUCUAUGGCUGUGCGCGCAGACAUUGCAGGAAAGUACGAAAACCGCCACUACGUCUACGAGCCUAGUGACAUGGCACUAUUGGCCAAAAACAUGAAGAAAGCCAAAGUCCUGUUGCACUCUGAACUCUAACAUGGCUGACAUCUGACUUCUCUCCAUCCUGCAGUCAUGCUGGGUUAUCCUGCUUAGUGG